GCGAUUUGAAAUAAACAGAGAAACUUUCCCAAACCUAUGGCGGGAAUGGACUCAGAGAAGCAACUCCUGUCUCUCAUUCGCAACUUCGCUUCCGAAAAUUCUCAUGGAGAGCACGAAAUCGUGAAUCUGAAGAAGCGCAUUGAAGAACUUCGAUCCGAGCUUAUUAAAGCGAAUGCAGAGCUCGAAGAUGCCAAGCUUGGCAAGGAAUCAUCGGAGCAAGAGCUCAAAGGCUACGAAGUCGAAUUAGCUAUGAACGAGGCCUCCAUCCAAACCCUAGAGGCGAGGAUUAAUUCUGUUCAGGAUGCGAUAUCUGCGGUUGGAUCUGAGUUAGAGGCUCUGAGGAACCAAGGAGAUGCCGAAAGCAGAGACGAUUUUAUUGAUAAAAUGCUGGAGCUUAAUGCGCGUAUACGAAAGUUCCAUGAGUCUGUAGUCUCUGAUCCAAAUAAGGAGGAUUCUUGUGGAACAACAUCAAGCAAAGAAGGAGUCUCUAAAACCGCUGCCGAGGUUGAAAUUGUCCAAAGUGAACUUGAUCAAACAGUCUCCCGCAUCAAAUUGGAGAAACGAGCUUACGAAACUGAACAGGGUGUCCAUAAACUAGUUCAGCAGGAUUUAAGUGAUCUCGAAAGGAAAGCCUCACUGAUGGAGAGUAUUAUGAAAGAGGAUACAGAGUUGAGGGAGUUGACUAGGCAGACAUCUGAAUUGGAAGAGAAAUGUGCUUCGUUUAGAGAUGAGUUGCAGAGGAGGUUUCAAUGUCCCAGUUGUCAACGGGACAAUUCCGAGGCUUUGGAUGUCCUUCUCCAGACAAUCAGAACUUAAAAUCUUGCAAUUAGUUUCACAUCCAGGAACUUUAUUUUGUCAAAUGAAAAAGGAAUGUGGAUUUUGCAAAUAAGGAGUCAGGAUUCUAGAGUCUUAAAAACAUUUUACUCAUCUACAGGGCUGCAACCGGUUCGAUGAUCUUAAGCUGUGUGUUCUUGUAGGGAACUGCAAAAUUGAUCCUCUGCAAUUGAGACACUCAUACAUUCUGAUAGUUUCUUUUCUCUAAUAUGUUGGUUGAAGACCAAAAAAGAAAUGGAAUGUCAAUAUAUUUUUAACUUUGAAGAAUGUGACUGUUCUUCAAUCCGUCUUUUCUGUUUCCAUACACAGCAUCAAGAACAGUAUUUACACUUGUUUUACAAGGUAGCUGAGGAAUAAUGUUUUUGUCCUUCUUUUUUUUGUUUAAUUGAGAGUGGAUUUACCCCGCUGAAGGAAAGUCUUGGUCGGGUUAUCUAUUAGUUGGGCAUGCAUCUGCAUCCGUUUUAAUCAAGGAUGUCAAUGUUGUUGUAGCUUCUCCGUUUGCUUGCUUCCCCUGCCAUAGUAAAAGUCACAUUAUACCGGAAUUUGAGUUUGAGUCUCUUAUAUGUA